AUGCAGCACACGGCCGAUCAGAUUGAAGUCCUGGCGGCCACCUGCGCCCACCAGCUCGGGGAGCAGGGGUAUGCCGUGCUGGAGGGUUUUCUGACCGAGGAUCAGCUCGAGGAGCUGAGGCUGGAGGCCGACACGCUGUAUGAGCUAGCUGAGGAGCAGCAGCAGCGGGGCGCCUCCGCGGCGGCUGCUUUCGGUGGUAGCACGUGGGGGCAGGAGGCUGUCGCAAGCUGCAUUUACGAGAGCAUCCCCGGACCCUGCUGCACGCCUGAGCUCCGCACCGGCUACGAAGCGUACCAGGCGCGCCGCGGUCGCUGGCCGCUGCGGCCCGCGGUCUGGCGCAUCCUGUUUCAGUCGCAGCUCAGUCGGGUGGUGUGUGCGCUGCUGGGCCACGCCGCCCAUCUGUUCAACGACCAGUACAUCCUCAAGCCGCCUGGCACCAGCCUGGCGGCCUUCCAGUGGCACCGCGACUCAGACUGGUGCCAAACCGAGGAUGUGUGCUAUCGGCCCUACCUGUCAGUCUGGUGCGCUCUGGAUGACAUGUCGGCGAGCAAUGGCGGCCUCGUGGUGCAGCCUGGCAGCCAUCUCGCGGCGGCGCCCGGCCCCCAGGGAGCAACCGACUCGAUGGCGGCGGCGGCGGCAGCGGUGGCUGAGGAGCAGCAGGCGGGCCGGCAGGAGCAGCGGCAGCAGCGCGGCGUGCCGCUGGAGGUGGCGGCUGGCACCGCCGUUGUGAUGAGCGACGUGGUGCUGCACUGCAGCGGGCCCAACCGCAGCCGGCACAUGCGGCGCGCCUGGAUGCCGCAGUUUGCGGCUGGGCCGCUGACCUGGCAUGCAGACGGCUCCUGCGUGUCGCUGGCAAUCCCGCUCUUGGGGGCUGCUGGUGCGCGGCCGUGUAACGACCGCUAG